AUGACCUACUUUGAGAAAAAUUAUAACAUUAAACGAUUUAUGUAUGCUACACCAUUCACCCAAAAUGGAUUAUCCCCCCCAUAUCUCUUUCAGAUUAUUCUCUCACCUAUUGAAGUAGCUAUUGAAGAUGUUGUUAAAAAGACCAAGGAAUUGGCUCUUGCAUUAAAUCAAGAACCUACUGACCCUAAAAUGUUACAAAUGGUUCUGCAAGGAUGCAUUGGAACUACUGUGAAUCAAGGCCCAGUUGAAGUGGCUCUUGUAUUUCUCCAAGAAGUGGCUGAGGGUAAGCAAGUGCCUAGUAAACAUCACAAUAAAUUAAGAUUAUGUUUCAAAGAAUUCCUCAAGCGGUGUUGGGAUGCUUUACUUAGGAAUAAGUCUCUCAUUACAUCUGAACAAAAAGAAUACCAAAGAGAAAUGGAACGAACAUAUUACAGUAUUCGUGAUAAACUGAGUCCAAUGAUAAGUUCAUCAACAGCAACACUCAAACGAGCAAAACAUAAAAGCAAAGACAAAACCAAGAAGAUUCAUUCUCCAAGCAGUUCCUUUGUAUAA